CUGCAUGUAGCAGAACACAGUAAAUUCACCUGUAUAAGUUCAGCGAGGAAUCUUAUAGGGUCACAUGUUAGCUGAAUGUAGGGGGCGGGUCACUUUGUAGAUUUCAACCAAUCUCUUUGAUUCCUACUUUACAAAUGUGAUAACUUUCCAACCAAACCUUCAUUUGGGUGGGUGGAUAUCAGCGCUGCAAGAGAAAGAGACUCUACCACAAUGAUCUUACAACUGGCUGCUUUGAUUCUACUGCGCACUGUGUCUCUGGUUCAAACUGGAGAGAAUCCUCACCUCAUCUCUAUGAGGAUGGUUCAUGUUGGGGAGAGUUUUACUAUGAGAUGUCAGAUCUCUGAGAAGGAAAAGUCAUUUUACUGCCACAAGCAGUCCCUUGGAUAUGUGGUCCAAACCAUUGCUGUAUUAUCACUUGACAAACCAACAUUUUCUGAAUCAGUUAAAGACUCCCGAUUCCAAAUAACAAAAGAGAACAACCAGUUUGUGCUUUCCAUUAGUAAUGUCAGCAAAGAAGAUGAGGCAACAUACUUUUGUCAAGAAGUAUCAACAUUUUCAUCAAGUUUUGUCGGCACCUUCUUGGCUGUAAAGGAUCGUUGUCAGAAUAAAACUGUCGGUGUGACGCAAAGACCUGAGACUGCUGCAGUCCAGCUGGGCGGCUCAGUUAGUCUUCAAUGUUCACUUCCCUGUAGGAACAAGGAAACCAGCAUCCAGUGUCCAGGUGAACACAGUGUGUACUGGUUCAGAGCUGGAUCAGAAGGAUUCCAUCCAGGCAUCGUUUACACUCACAAAAACAGAAGUUUUAAACACGAGGACAGAAGUUGUGUCUACAGUCUGUCCAAAACUAUCCAGGACUCCUCUGAUGCUGGGAUUUACUACUGCGCUGUGGUCACAUGUGGAGGAAUCCUGUUUGGUGAAGGAACUACAGUGGAGACAAGACUGCCUCCUCAUUCAGGAUCAGAACUAGGCCCUCUUGUCCUUACGCUGGGAGUAUUGUUGGCCUGCUGUGUCACAGUGAUUGCCGUCCUUAUUUACUACAAUAAACAAAGGGAAGACUGUGAACACUGCAAAGGACAGAUGAGUCCAUCCCAUCAUCAUGGACGUGACCAGCUAAAUCUGGAUCAAUCCAAGGUCAUGGCGAUGACCUAUGCAUCGUUGUAUUUCCCAGAAAGGAGCGUCAAAAGAAGGACUAACAAGAACAGAGACACACUACAAGUGUGUGUAUACUCGGCUCUUCGCACAGGACCUGUGUCUGUAGACCCAAACUCCAACCCAAAAUGUGUGCCUGGGGAUUUGGUCAGAGUGAGGCGCCAUAUCGUCGAUGGGACGGUGGAUCUCUGCACAUGAUGUCGUCAUCUGUUAAUUGGGGUUCCCCUUUUCUUGGUAUAGAUGAGUCAGGGGGUUGUAGGUUAGGCAACAAAGCUGUUCUCUUUUGUUUGUGUUAUUGAUUAGGCGCCAUCCGCAGCCCUGACCUUUGUUUCCUGCCUCCUGUCUCCUCCCUGGAUUAGACAUUGGUGGGAUUGUGUUGAUCUAUUUCUGUUAUUGUUGUUUUUGGUUAUUUCUGGUUGUAAAUAAUACACAGCUUGCUUUUGCCUGAGAAAAUUGAUGCUUAUGUUGCUUCCCUUACUGUACCUAGACACCAACUGGGUUGUAACACAAUGUAUUUCCAUCACAGUUCAAUAAACAUAUGUUAAUAUCAA